GAGUGGGACCGUGAGAAGCGCUUGUAAACAGGGAGCCGGGCGGGGAUGGUUCGCGGCCAGACCGGCUGUCAUCGUGAGUCGGGCGGGUUCUUGAAGCCCAGUCCCAGCCAGGAGUAGACUGCAGGCCCAGCAGGUGAAGGGAAAGAAGCAGCCAGGGGCCAGGCAAAUCAGAGAGCUUUGAAGCCUGAGAAGGACUGAACAUGCUGUUGCUGUUUUGAAGAUGGAGAGGACACUUGAGAAGGAACAGAGGCUGCCCUGAGAAAUGCAGGAGGCCUAGAGUUACCGAAGGUGGCCCAGCAUGGAAACUGGAGCCUCAGACCUAGGGCCACAGAGACCUCACUGAAGAAUAAUCUCAAAGGAACAUUCGCCUCCUGACACCUUUGUUAAUGGCCAUUGUCCGCGAACAGAUGCCUGUCGUAGCUGGGAAAACAUCAGCCACCCUUGUGCUUGGCCUGCUCCAGGCAGCCGAAUGAGGUUCCUUCCAGUUGUUCCCAGAACUCUACUGCCCAAAGCAUCUCCCUUUGUUGGGUGACGGCUCAUGAAGCCCUUUCCUGAACCAGCUUAGGAGGCUUAGGCCUCCAGAACCCACAACAUGGAAGCUUUGGAAGUGGAUGAUAUCAGCCCGGCCUUGGAAGUUACCGAGGAUUUCUUUAGUACUUUCGACAGUAAGCUAGACAAGGCUGUGCAGCAAGCAGAGGUGUACGGGAUUCAGGAAGUCCCUGAGCUGGUGGGGCACGAGGUACUCAGUAACAUCACAGACAAUGGUGCUAUCAGAAAUGUUGCUUCCCUGGGCAAGGGGGGCAUGAUUUGGGACCACUGUAAGACCAGACUCUUAGAAACCAAAGCUCAAAAUGUCUUCCCUGCCAAAGAACAGUUUAUGGUCCAGAAAGGGACAACCCCAGAUAACCUUUCCUGGAUGGAACAAAAGGAAGCAUCAACCUUUGAUUUUUUCAACAUCUGUCAGCGUCGGAGGAACAGACCCCGUUCCGUGAAUGACUUAUUGGAUGAGACCUCUACUUUUAAGCCAGGCCAUGCUCGAUCGAGGUCAGAUGUCACCCAAGUGGACUGGAGGGUCAUCCUCACGACCACGCCUUUGCAGCAGCAGCCGCAACAGCCACCUCUUCAGGGCCCUCACUUCCCCAGGCCGUCUCUUCUGUCGCCCUUGCCAAACAAGAUAGAAGAUGCUCAAGGAAAUACUGAACACAAGCAGGCCUUCCCAAACAUUGUGAAGAAGGGUUACCUGGAGAUUAGGAAGGACCACGAUAGCUACUGGCAAAGCUGUUACGCAGAGCUCUCCCCUUACAACUUAUACUUCUACAGCCUCGACAGCAGUGGGAAUCAAAACCCCUAUGCCACGUACCAGCUGUCCCACUUCCAGAGCAUCUCUGUUCUGGGCAACCUCGAGGCCAGGCUGGUGGACACUGUUCUGUAUGACAACACUCAGCUCCAGCUAAAGGCAGAGUCACCGUGGGAGGCUCUGGACUGGGGGCAGAAGCUCUGGGAAGUUGUGCACGCCUCCGUGCCUGGUUAUGUGGGUCGGCAGGAUGAGCUGGCAAAUUCACCAGGGGUUGGUUAUCAUUUUGACUGUACACAGAGUCAUUGUUUACAGAAGAAACCCAGUGAGCUGCUCACGCGGUCCCCUGUCUCUGAUGGCCCCAAACAGUACCAAAACAUCCUCAAGUCAGGGACGCUGUACAGGUUAACUGUCCAGAACAACUGGAAGGCAUUUACGUUUGUGCUGAGCAAGGCCUACCUUAUGGCUUUUCAGCCCGGCAAGCUAGACGAGGAUCCCCUGCUAAGUUACAAUGUGGACGUGUGUCUGGCUGUCCAGAUGGACAACCUGGACGACUGUGACUCCUGCUUUCAAGUUAUUUUCCCCCAAGAUGUCCUCCGCCUUCGUGCUGAGACCCGGCAGAGGGCUCAGGAGUGGAUGGAGGCUUUGAAAACCGCGGCCAACGUGGCGAGGAGUUCAGAGCAAAACCUGCAAGUCACACUGCGGAAUAAGCCCAAGGAUCAGAUGGGUGGGCAUGAACUCAGGAAGAACAAACGUCAGUCCGUGACCACCAGCUUCCUCAGCAUUCUGACGACUUUGUCUUUGGAACGAGGACUCACUGCUCAGAGUUUCAAAUGUGCAGGAUGCCAGCGAUCCAUAGGCCUUUCUAAUGGGAAAGCCAAGGUGUGCAAUUACAGUGGGUGGUAUUACUGCAGCAGCUGCCACGUGGACGACAGCUUCCUCAUCCCAGCACGCAUAGUCCACAACUGGGACACUUCAAAAUACAAGGUGUCUAAGCAGGCCAAAGAGUUUCUGGAGUACGUGUAUGAGGAGCCCCUGAUCGACAUCCAGCAGGAAAACCCCAUGCUGUACCUACACGCCGAGCCCCUGGCCACUGUGGUGCGGCUGCGGCAGCGGCUGAAAUCGCUGCGAGCCUAUUUGUUCAGCUGCCGGGCAGCCGUGGCUGAGGAUCUGCGCCGCAGAAUUUUCCCCAGAGAAUACCUCCUUCAACAGAUCCACCUGUAUUCCCUCGCCGAUCUGCAGCAGGUAAUGGAGGGAAAGCUGGCUCCAUUCCUGGGCAAGGUCAUUAAAUUCGCCACCUCACAUGUGUACAGCUGCAGCCUUUGCAGCCAGAAGGGGUUCAUCUGUGAAAUCUGCAACAAUGGAGAGAUCCUCUACCCUUUUGAGGAUAUUUCAACAAGCAGGUGUGAGAGUUGCGGAGCCGUUUUCCAUUCUGAGUGCAAAGAAAAGUCUGUCCCCUGCCCGAGGUGUGUCCGCCGGGAGCUGCAGAAGAAGCAGAAGUCUUUCUGGCAGAGGCUGAACAUGGACGAGAGCCUGGAGGAGGCUUGCAACAUGUUUGAGCUGUCCUACCAGAACACCUGACUGGGCAGGGGCCCAAGGCCCGGGAUUGGCCUCUCAGUGAUCCGGCAGCCCCAGCGGCUUCCUAGCUAGCCAGUUAGACCCCUUUGGAUGAAGAGUACGUCUCACCUUCAGCUAGAUACAGAUAUAUAUUUAUACAUAUAUAAGUACACACACAUACCUAUACGUAUGUUCUGUGUAAGUCGAUGUCUAAAAGGUCCGUGGAGCCUCCGUGGCUCAAAAAACUACCAAUAACUGAUUAUACUUAGCCAUGAACUUCAGCUGCUUGCUCCCAAGCAAAAUGUGGUUUACACACAAUGCUUUAUGGUUCGGACAUGUUUCUUUUUCUUUUUGUUUUUUGGCUCUCAGGGGCCAUUUUACUAUUACACAGGAGGAAGCAUUUCCAACAGAACAACAGCGCUUUGGGGGUUUUUUGUGUGUGUUAUUUAUUUUUAGCCUUCAUAGCCCAGUGAGGUAACUGAGGCAAGCACCCAUCACCAUCUGUUUCCUAAGAAAAUCUUCAAAACACAGGAAUGACUUUGGGAUCCUUCCAGGAUCCGGUGUCCCUGGCUCUCUCGCUGCAGUUUCCUCCCCAGGGAUCGCCUGAGCUGAGCCGAAAGCAUUGGCAGUCAGGAGCGCGAGCUCCCCCGACAGAAAGCAUGCACCCCUAAUUUAUCGGGAGAGCUAGUGAUGGUUUUGAAGUCCAUCUCAGAAAAGUUUUUUCUUAAAAAAGAAGAGACGGCUGUGACCAAUUACUGCAUGUUGCUGCUCCGUUUGCUGGUACGAAUCUCAGCUCCGCCAGUGAGGCGACGCUCCACCCAUCUCCCAGGGUGUGAGCGAGGCUCUCGGGUGAGCGGCGUUCCAGGGCCUCCAUGGGUGGUACUUACGAUAUUUUAAUGGUGCUGGCCUGAGGAGAUUCCCGAGGAUUGUCGUUAAACACAUCCGUGUGUAGACUGGUAAAUACAUAGUGCAUGCAUUCCAAGAGACAGUCUUCAAUUUCUUUUCGCAGAAUCCUGUGUGGGCAGUUCCUACCUAUUCACUGUAAAUGCUUUAUUUCUCAUCCUUCUUCGCUGCACUUUUUCAGUUUGACCUUUGUCAGUUUAACCCCUGCUACUUUCAUAUUUUUUUUAAUCAUUUAAAAAAAAGAGUAGCCUGGAACUUCGAAAUACCAACAUAAUACUAUUAAGAAAAUACCAAACUUACAAAUAUAUUUAAUAAAUUAAAUCUAAUAUUGUUUAAAUAAAUAUAUACACAUAUAUAUCAUUGCCACCUUAAAACAAAAAGUGCUCAAAUAAUAUCAUAGGAAGAAGAAA